AUGAAGCUCCAGGUGUUCUGGACUGUGCUGGAAUAUACCUGCCGGCUCCUGGGCAUCACCACAGCUGCAGUGUUGAUUGGAGUGGGCACAGAGACCUUCCUGCGAGGGAAGUUCAAAAGCCUGGCCUUCUAUCUGCUGUUUACAGGAGUCACCAUCUCCAUGUGUGAAGGGGCCUUCUUUGUGGCUCAACUGCUGGCCAUCUGCUUCAGGUGUCAGCCGGGGUCUCUGGCACACAGAGCAAGGGAGAAGGCCCGCUGGCUGGGUUGCUUCCAGAAGUUCCUUGCCUACAUGCUGCUGUCUGUGGCCUGCUUCCUCCACCCUGUCCUCGUCUGGCAUGUGACCAUUCCAGGUUCCAUGCUAAUCGUCACUGCCCUGGCCUACUUCCUGCUGAGCAAGCGGAAGAAAAGAAAGGCUGUUCCAGAGGUGCUGGCGCCCACGGAGCAGUACACAGACCCUUCCAGCAGCGUUGUGAGCACCACAGGCUCUGGGGACACUGAGCAAACCUAUACUUUCCAUGAGGCCCUCAAGGAGGGGCCUGGCUCGUUCUUCGUCCACAUGAAGAGCAUCCUGAAGGGGACCAAGAAGCCCCGUGUCCUACAGCCCCGAGAUACCCUAAUGGAACUGGCACUAGAGCCAGCCGACUCCUUGGCCAAGAAGAAGCAGGUACACUUUGAAGACAACGUAGUCAGGAUCAUCCCAUCCCUCACCGAAGGUCAGGGUGACAGUGACAGUGGGCCAGAGGAAACGAGCUCUGACACGACCCCCAUUAUCCCUCCCUCCCGGACGCCACUCUUCCUGCCUUCUCUCAUGGCCACUGACCUGUUCUGA